GCUGUCUUUUCUCCAGCUCCAGCGCAGCAACCGGCCCUGGCUGCGGAUUUUUCUGGGCGGGAGGCGGUGCAAGGCCGCCGCGGCCGCCGGGGCGAACCCUGUUGUUGGAGGCUAUGUGUCUCUGAACCAGAGGAGGAGGGACGGCGGCGAGCAUGUCGGCCCUGAACUGGAAGCCCUUCGUCUACGGGGGCCUGGCCUCCAUCACGGCGGAGUGCGGUACAUUUCCAAUUGACUUGACCAAGACACGGCUCCAGAUUCAAGGCCAGAAGAAUGAUGCAAACUUUAAAGAAAUUAGAUAUCGAGGAAUGUUGCAUGCGUUAGUGAGGAUAGGCAGGGAAGAAGGCCUGAAAGCACUGUAUUCAGGGAUUGCCCCUGCGAUGCUACGCCAGGCUUCCUAUGGCACCAUCAAGAUAGGCACCUACCAGAGCCUUAAGCGGUUAUUUGUCGAGCGCCCAGAAGAUGAGACCCUUCUGAUAAAUGUGGUCUGUGGAAUUCUCUCUGGAGUCAUAUCCUCAAGCAUUGCUAAUCCAACUGACGUUUUGAAAAUACGGAUGCAAGCACAAAACAGCACCCUUCAAGGAGGAAUGAUCGGCAACUUCAUUAACAUUUACCAGCAAGAGGGCACGAGAGGACUGUGGAAGGGCGUGUCCCUUACUGCCCAGAGGGCCGCUAUUGUCGUCGGCGUGGAGCUGCCAGUCUACGAUCUCACCAAGAAGCAUCUGAUUCUCUCGGGCCUGAUGGGAGACACUGUGUAUACACAUUUCCUCUCAAGCUUCACCUGUGGGCUGGCCGGGGCCCUGGCCUCAAACCCCGUCGAUGUUGUAAGGACACGCAUGAUGAAUCAGAGGGUCCUUCGUGACGGCAGAUGCCCUGGCUACAAAGGUACCUUGGAUUGCUUGUUGCAGACAUGGAAGAAUGAAGGUUUUUUUGCUCUAUAUAAAGGGUUUUGGCCAAAUUGGUUGAGACUUGGUCCUUGGAAUAUUAUUUUCUUUGUGACGUACGAGCAGUUGAAGAAACUGGAUUUGUGACAAGUCAAAACUGCAUGAGACAUCCCUCUGAAAAUGCUCACUUGCGAAAUAGCAAAGCGUCUUGUUUCCCACUGCUUCCCCCUGCUCAGCCCCUCCCAGGUUGUGAGGUGUGAGCAACAGGUGAAGACGGGGUUAGCUGGGAUUGUGGUGUCCUGGCUUUCGACACGCCGCACCAAACGUUGAACAGCAUAAACUGUCACCUCCAGACCCCCGACCUUACCAUUCAAGUGCCCUUUGACAUCGAAGAUGAUGCGAGAUGCAUGUCUCCUGGUUGAGAAAACUUGCAUGAAGAUCAGCACCCGUGGACCCUCUUCUUCAGGGGAAAGCAGCUCCUGAGCAUCUGAGCUCGCGGCUCAAGAGGCUCUUCAGAACCAUGGAUAGCGCCUCCAAGAGGGCGUUUUUGCUCCUCAACUUCUUGGCUUUGUGUCCACUGGAGAAGUUUCACACACGGCGGGAGACCUGGACUUUUCAACCCCGGGGUUUUGCACUGUUUUAUAAUUUCCUAUUUUUGGCAGGCUCUCUCACUUCUAGUAAGUGAUUUUUUUUUAAGCCUUUGAUGACGGGACCUUGGUGAGGCAUUGUUACAGAGUGUUACUAUCGAAACCCGUGAUGUGGGUAACGUUGGCUCUGAAGGUGGGAGAGUCUGUGUUGGUGGGAGCUGUUUGGAAGCUACUUGGAUUCCGUCUGAGGUCAUGUUUGUGAUCUGUGAUUUCUGGCCAAGGUUUUAUUUCCCCAAUCUGUAAAAUGGGUGUAAUAACAUCUAUUGAUGUUGAAGGUUAGGCGAAGAUAACAGUAGCUGCUUGUAUACUUGUAUGUGAGCUCGUGCGCUUGACUUGUAGGAUAAGUGUGUUUACAUCAUGCUGUCCUGUAGUCACAACCCCAGAACACGUGAUCGGUGGCUGUAGAAGAGGGUCGUUUUAUCUUGGGCUCCUCCUGAGCGAGGUCCUUGGUUAAGAGCCUGGAGAAAGAAAGAGGUUAAGACUUUAUUACAUUGCCCUUAGCAAAAUGUUGCAGGUGAAUCAAAAAAAGAGUUGAUUUCCUCCCCCCCAGAUUUCUCACUUUUUAUUUACUUUGGUUCUGGUCGCUUUUAUUAAAAUAUUUCCUGUCUUGGACUUGCUCCUCAGUUCGGAUGGAAACUACUUGCUUGAAAUUUGA